UUGUACUUUUAUUCUGUUUUAAUAUUUUUUAUUAUUUAUGAAUUUAGAUAUGUAAAAGGAUACACCGUGAAAAAAAUACGACAUUUGGGCGACACAGUUUAUUUUUCAUUAGCAACAUCAAGUGAAGCGCAUGAAGUAAUCAAAUUGCUAAAUGGUUUUAAUAUAAAAGGGAGAAUAAUCACUGCGAAAAUUGCUCCUUACGAUGUGAAAUUGUCUCUUAAUAAAAAUCCAUCAAAAAUACGUUCGGCUAAAGAAAUUGUUACUCCACUUGGCGAUUGUGAAUAUGAUAAACAACUUGAACUGAAAAUGCAAGCUGUUAGUCGUGUGGUUAAAAAAUUAAUCAAAGAACUGGAUAAGGCUAACAUUGCUGAGGCAAGGAAAUUGUCUGUUUCCAAGCUUGUGGAACCUAUUCGACCAUCACCUGUUGUUAAGUGUUAUCGCAAUAAGUGUGAAUUUACAGUUGGUCGUACUAUCAAUAAGGAUAUUUGCGUCGGUUUUGUUGGUGGUCGUUUCGCUCUCAAUGAACAUCAUGUAAUUCCUAUUGACACAUGCGAUAACAUUUCUUCACAUAUGAAAAGAAUCGUGAAAACUUUCGAGGAAUUUAUUAUUGGAACAGGUGAACCGCCAUUUGAUGAAUCCGAACGCAAAGGAUGUUGGAGGAUGUUAACUGUUCGAGAAUUCGCUGGAGAUGUUAUGUUGAUUGUAACUGUCUAUCCUCUCGAGGAUCUUGAGAAGGAAAUAUUGCUAAAAAAUUUGUUUAUUGCACAGUUCUUACGGCCUGAGAACUUUAUUGAACCGACGAGAAAAUUCAGAGUAACAUCUUUGUAUUGGCAAAGGCUUAUAAACGCAAGCGAUGCAGCUCAAUACGAGCAUAUUGGUGGAACACCUUACAUUUACGAAACAAUCCUUAACAUACAAUUUCGUGUUUCACCUGCGGCCUUUUUUCAAACAAACAGUUCUUGUGCUGCUGUCCUUUAUUCACUUAUAGUUGAGAAAUGCGGAUUCAUUAACAGUGAUAUUCUUGCUAAAUAUGUGGUGUCAGAAGAAGAAUUGUGUAGUGAAAAUGAUGCAAUGAAGCAACCAGAUGAGAAAAAGAGGAAGAUCGUUUCAACAUUGAAAUCUGAUCAAGCAUUAUUCAACACCUUGUUGUUAGAUAUAUGCUGUGGCACUGGCACGAUCGGUAUUUGCGUGCUGAAGCUACUGAAAUGUAGAGGAAAAAGAUAUCUUAUUGGUAUCGAAUGUGUUCAUGAUGCAGUUGAAGAUGCAAGAAGCAAUGCUAUUGCUAAUGGAUUUGAUGGCGAUGAGUUUCAAUUCAUUACUGGAAAAGCAGAAGUAAUUCUUCCUAAUAUCAAACAGUACAUCCCUGCUUCUUUCAAUCUUUCAUCUUCAAAAGUUAUUGGAAUUCUCGAUCCACCACGAGCAGGUGUUCCUGUCAAAGUCAUACAAGGAUGUCGUAAACUAUCAGAUUUGUGCCGGCUCAUUUAUGUGUCAUGCAACCCUUCAUUGGUGAAAAAGAAUUUAGUUGAUCUGUGCAGGCCUACAUCAAAAAAAUAUGAAGGAAAACCAUUUUGCAUAAAAUCGAUCACACCUGUGGAUAUGUUUCCGAAAACGAGUCAUUGCGAGUGUGUAAUAUACCUUGAAAGAUAA